UCUCAUUCUCUUUUCCGGAGUCAUCAAAGUCCAGUAGUAGGACAAAAGUCAAAACGACUAGUGAUGGCCUAGAAUGUCCGUGAUGACCUGGGCAUCUUCGGUGUCUGAACAAGUUCCAAGCUUCCUGACCAAGUUCCUGCUUUACCUUCCUGGCUACUGGAAUGAAUUGUUCUCAUCCACCCAUUCUGCUGAGGGAAGUCUAUACUGCAGAAGUUAAUAUGAAGGAGAAAUUAUUUUAGAAUGAGGAAGCCAUGGAAGUCUUCCUGGAAGAAGUGAAACAGGGCUUUGAAGGAUGGGCAGUGUGUGAGAGACAGAAAAAGCAGACAGACAGACAAAGAGACAGAGAGACAGAGAUAGAGACAGAAAGAAUAUGGAAAUGCAGACUGGAGAAUCAGAAUGGAGACAAAGUAGACCUCAGGUGGUCCUCUUCUUUUUCCUCUGUAACCCAUACACUUCAAAGUUUAUAGCAGCAAUUUUUGGAGUAGCAGAGACUUGGAAACCAAAUUUCUCUUGAUUGGGAAUGGCUAAACAAAGUGUGAUAUGUGAAUGUAAUAGCAGGAUACUCUUCUAUAAGAAAAAAUAAAUAGGAUGAAUAUGGGAAAAUGUAGAAAGAUUUACAUAAACUGAUGCAGUGUGAAAUAAGCAGAGCCAAGAAAACAUUAUAGACAGUUUUAUUACAACACUGUAAAUGGAAAGAACAACCACCAUGGAACAACUGAAAAUUAAUGCUGCAAAAUUACAAAGAAGCAUGGUGCUGAGGAAAGAUGUGAGAAGAUACCUCCCCCAACUCCUUUGCAGAGGUGGAGAAAGUGAUUCAAUGGUUUAUGGAAUACAAAUUCCCACUGUGUUUACUGUAUUCCCCCCUCCCCCAUUUUAUUUUGUAUUCAGCUCUGAAUUCUUUCCUUCUCUUCCCCCUCCUCCACCUGUCCAGAACUCAAGAAAAAGAAAUAUAUAUAAUCAUGCAAAACAAAUUGUUGCAUUAGCCACAUCUCUCCCUGCCAAAAAAAAAAAAAAAAAGAGAAAAUAUGCUUCAAUGUGCCCACUGAAUCCAUCGACUCUAUCUGGAUGUGGAUAGUAUAUUUCACUAUGAGUUCUUUGGAAUUUUGGUUGUUGGUCAUUGUGUAGAUGAGAGUCUGGGUCUUUCAAAGUUGGUCAUCAGUUCAUAUAAGUCUUCCUAGGUUUUUUCUGAAACUAUUCUCUUUAUCAUUUUUUACAAUACAAUCAUAUGCCCCAAUUGAUAAACAUCCCUUCACUUUUCAAUUCUUUAUUACCCCCCCAAAAAAACCCAGUUAUGAAUAUUUUGCAUGUAUGGGUCCUUUUCCUUUUUUUUUAAGCUCCAAACCCUGCCAGCAGCGGCGACUCUGUUCCUGGUAACGCGGGGCGUUGUCCGGGUCUUGGCUGGGAGUAAUGAAGGUGGGCUCCUGAUUCCGGCUUUUGAGAGCAGCAGUGGAAGGGGUUCCCGGUUUUUCCCCUUUGGAGUAUAUGUAGGAGUACAGUUGAGUCAAAGGUAGGCACAAUUUAAUAGAUGUGGGGGAGCAUAGUUCUAAUUUGCUUUCCAGAAUAGUUGGACUGGUUCACAGUUACACUAACAAUUAAUUCCAUUUCCUGUUUUGCCACAACCCCUGUAGAAUUUGUUAUUUUUCUUUUUUUUUUUUUUUGGGGGGGGGGCAACUUUGCCAAUCUGAAGGGUGUGAGGUGGUUCCUCUAACAUUUUAACAUUGAAAAUAAAUUUAUUGUAACUAAACAACCUAAAAUCUAACAUAUUUUAAAACAUUCUUGGAAAAAAAAAAGGAAACCCCCGUGCCCCACCCCAUCCCGUCUUAUCUCAAUUGAUAUAAAGAUGAACUUGUUGAGAACCAUGCUAACAACAACACAAAUAAUUAGCUUUUAUUUGCUUGAACUCAAGGGUAAUCCAAAACUUUAUACUCUCCCCAAAAGAGGUCCUAACGGAGAGAAAUCAACCAACUAUUUGAUGGCACGUCUUGUAAGUUUAUUCUCUAUUCACUCCAAAUGGGAGACCCUCUGGGAUGCUAAAAAGUUCAACUGCGACACCACAGAAGCUGAAGAGAGAAAGGCAAGGCACGCAACGGAACCGUUGUUUUUAAAAAUAAAUGCAAGGAAAUAACAUCAUGUACCUUUGAGUUUUCGGCAUCUAUUGACCAAGUCCUUCUCCUUUAUUAUACGUCAUUCCAGCCAUUCACUCCUUUACAAUUACUUAGCAAUAGCGUUUCCCUCAGAGUUGUUUUAGUUUGCAUUUCUCUACUUAUUCGCCAUUGAGAGCGUUUUUCAUACGCUAUUGAUAACAUUGCAUAUACUUGUAUUACGUCCCAGAGAGGCUCAGGUGAGAUAGUCUCGGAUGCAGUUUGGAGUUCGGCCACUGGGGGGCCCCACCAGCCAGGCUUUGUGGCGUGUUUGGUCGCUGGGCAACCAGCCCGCGCUCUCUGAGCCGUUGAUUGGGGGCAAAGCCACAUCGCGAUCUCGGGGGUGGGGGCAGAGGGAGGAAGUUGGGCGGGGUGGGGAGAGCUGGGGCGGAAGGCCCCGCCCUCUGCCUGGACCCGAUUACACGUGUAAUGUUCAGAGAGUCGCAACAAGCCGGGCUUCGGGAAGUGGGAAGGCGGGGCGGAGCGGUUGCCAAUGGGCGAGCGCUAAAGGGCGCGCAUGCGCCAGAAGGGAGUUUCCCCCCUAAGGGGCGGAGCAAUAGGAGGAAGAAAACGGGGAAGCGGGAUCAGGACGUCUGAGUCGGUGCCUGGUGGGCUCGGCGUUCGGGGUGGGGGGAUCUCGGCUCACUGACUGCGGCCAGGGCGAGUGAGGGGGGGUGUCGGGGUCUCAGAACUUCUAAACCUUGGCCCGGAGGCGGCUCCCGGCGGAGUAGCCGAGACGCAGCCAUAAGUUCCUUGAGGAUGCUUAGUGCCACUCUUCUCUGCUGCCUUCUGGGGGCACUUGGCUUCCUGAGCAUUGGGGCAGAAGAGCACGUGGACAGCCAUGGCCAUGGCGGUGUUCAUCUGGAUAAGAACAUGGUGCAGGACAAAGAGCACAUCAUGGAGCAUCUAGAGGGUGUCAUUGAGAAAUCCGAGUCGGAGAUGUCUCCACAAGAGCUGCAGCUCCAUUACUUCAAGAUGCAUGACUAUGACAGCAAUAAUUUGUUGGACGGCUUAGAACUCGCCAUUGCUAUCUCUCAUGUCCACAAGGAGGAAGGAGGAGAGCAGGCUCCAACCAUGAAGGAAGAAGAACUGAUGAACUUGAUAGAUGGUGUUUUAAAGGAUGAUGACAAGAACAAUGAUGGCUACAUUGACUAUGCUGAAUUUGCAAAAUCACUGGAAUAAAAAUCCUUCCACUGUCUGCUAGUUAUAUGCAAAUGUGACCCAGUAUAAUGUGAUCGAAUGCUUGCUGUAUUACAGAGUAGUUGUGCUUUUCCAAUUUCAGUGCUGCAGGAUGAGACCCUGUAGCAGCUUGUUACUUUGGAGUGAAAAUAAAGUUUUGGGCAAACCUGAUUAGAAAUGAUGGAAAUGCAUUCCACUCCUGAAUUAAUGUUUAACUUCUUAACAGACAGGCAGUUUUUGAGAGUGUGAUAUAUCAUUGAGGUGGGUGCUUAGCAUCUCAGUUUUGGAUGUAGGAUCCUAUCUGACUCUUGGUUUUAAUAAUAAUAUCAGUACAUCUUCAAAUGAAUACGUCUUUCAUGUGGCCAGGGAAUCUUCAUGUGACCUAGGAAAUAAUUGGUGUCCCAAUCGUAUAAUCUCAGUUGAACAUUUAUCAACCCGAUAGGUCCUUGUAUAAUCAGUGUUCUUUCUAGUUUGCCCUGCACAGGUGUGGGCAGGCGACUAUUUGCUGUUUAUAGCUACAAACAUUAGAAAGGAAGGUUUGCCAAAUACUGAACUCGACUCUCAAUAGAGCUUGUUGAUAAAAACAGUUUUGACUUGGGUAUAUAUAAAAACCCUUAUGUUGACCUCAGCAUUUAAGCUUUUCAGUCUUUCAAUAUUUUACAGGACUACUGCCACAUCUCUAUACUUUUAUUUUUGUUAUUUUUAAUACCAUGUUCAAUCUAGGUUAGGCCUUGAAUGAAUGUAAUGUGGUUCUUUUCUCCAGAUGAUGUAAAAAAUGUUAACUUUCUUAAUGUUUGUAUUUAACACUAAUUUCUGGAGUUCCAUUUUAUGGUCUAUGAAUUAUAGGUGGAAUGUAAAAAAAAAAAAUACCCAGUCAGGGUACAUAAAAUACAGUUCUAGAUAAUCUAACCUGCAUCAGAAUUAUAAUGCUGCCAGUUAAGGGUUGAUGAGACACCUUAACAUUCAAACUAGGUGAUUUCAGAAGGAAAGCUGUUUAAAUGAGCUCUCCUAGUCAAGAGAAUACUUGAAUUCUUUCAUCAGUACUAAAGUCCUUUGAACUUUGUAGACUCAACAGUAUUUGAAAACUAAGACAAGAAGACACUGAGACAAUGUCUCAGUACUACUUUGGAUGUCAUUGAUAUAUGACAUUAGAAAACCUGAAAAGAUAAGUCAUUAUUACAACUAAUAGGAAAGGAACUGUGCUUUAAGAUGUUCAAAGACCUAUUUUCUGUAUUAAAGUAUUCUUAAAAGAAAACAAUAUUUGUAAAAAUGGUUUCCUGUGUCACGUGUGCAAUCAGAGCUAUGUUGUAAACUAUUCUUGUAAUAUCUAGCUAUUUUGAAAGAUUUGUAUAAUGGAUUAUUCUGGAUAUAUGAGUAAUAAAGAUGAUGAAAUUGA